CAGGAGCAGUGCCGCGCAACGCCAACACGACGACGCUCACGUCAAGCAUCGCGCUCAAGCUGCACCGCCGCCGCGACACCGCGCACACGUCCGUUGGCCGACCGAAGCCGAAGCCACCGCCGUCAGUCUUCUCCCGGAACGAGUCGUCCCGCCGGACCACGAGACCGUCGCCCGACGUGAACCGCACCGCCGCCCGCCGCCGAAUACCUGUUAUGCCGGUGGCCAGUGCCGUCGGCCACCCGCACACGCGUCCCGCCGCAGCAGCGUGGCCAGAAACGUGACUGUAUGGUGGGCUCGCCCGGUGGGUAAUCCCGCCUGUUACGGCAUGCCAAUACGCCGGGGACAUGUCACCCAGCGCACCACUGUCAUAGAGACUAUCAUCAGGAAGUUCGACACGCACAGCAUGAUUUCCAUGAAACAAUCAGGCCAACACGGUGUAUGUUAUCAUUAUUAAAAACUACAAUGCCUUUGGAUUUCCGUAAAGAUUAUAAACGCAAAAACCGAAGUUUUUUGGUAGCCAAUGCACAGCAAGCCGGCUGUAACAUAAUCUACUGCUCGGACGGUUUUUGCCACAUGACCGGUUACAGCCGAGCCGAGGUGAUGCAGUGUCCGGCGAUAUGUGACUUCCUACAGGGUCCGAUGACGUCGCAGCACGCCGUGUCCGUGGUCAAGGAAGCGUUGGCCGCGGGCAUGGAGAGACAUUUCGAGAUACUCUACUAUCGGAAAGACGGUUCGAAAUUCUUGUGCAGCGAGGUCAUCGCCCCCGUGAAGAGCGAAGUGGAUGAUAUAUGUUUGUACAUCAUCAACUUUGAAGACCUUACAUCUCCCCCAUCGCCAGUUGAACAACCGGAUCCGACAUCUAGACUGAGUAAAUUUGACAGGGCCAGACAGUCGUUUCGACAAUCGUUGCGGAUGAGCUCGUUUCGCGGUCGCAAUGCGAGGCAGUCGGGUCGUCUAACGCCACUUCCUCAUGACGACGAAUACGACGAGGAGAGCAGUAGCACGCACCUAAAGACCCCAUCCACCCCAAAAGCACCGGACUCGUUGAGUUUGAAGACAGCAGCGGCCGAGAGCGUUAUCACAUCAACGACGACGGCCCGUGUCGAAGACGAGACUACCAGCCCUCCUCGAUCUGUAUCCAUCCGACCCGAACCCCAAAUCAGUCAACCCCACAGGACACCCGAACCUAACCCUUCACCGCCGCGGACGCCCAAUAAAUCUCCAGACAGAAAUCCAUCGUUUGGCAGCCCACCCGCACGAUCCAACACCGAUUCUGUAUUGGCGUCGCGCGUUGAAAAGGACCAAUUUCAAAGACAGAAACGACCACACACUAUCGAUAUCAUUACCGAAGCCUACAGGAGCCAUUUUACUGGCAAAAGUUUUCCAAAUACGUCAUCUGAAACCGACUUGCAGAAGUACAACACGUCAACGCUAUGGGACCAUUCUACGUCGCUGGGAAACCUGGCCACGGAUAGCUUGAAAUACAAAUAUUCCAUCCAAGACAAUGGGUCAGCAAAGUUCUUUCAAGGGGCUCUACACACGCCAAACAUGGGAGAAAAAGUUGCUCAGGUGUUAUCGCUGGGCGCGGAUAUACUACCCGAGUACAAGCUCCAAUCUCCCAAGAUCCACAAGUGGACGAUACUGCACUACAGCCCGUUCAAGGCGGUAUGGGAUUGGAUAAUACUGUUGCUGGUCAUCUACACCGCCAUAUUCACACCGUAUUUCGCCGCUUUCCUGUUAAACGAACCGCACUUCAAAGGUCCCCGGCCGCUGAGGUUCAGUUUCGAAGAUCCGCUGGUGGUGGUCGAUUUUUUUGUGGAUAUAACGUUCAUAAUAGACAUCGCCAUUAACUUCCGUACCACUUACGUGAAUAAGAACGACGAGGUGGUAUCGGCGCCCAGCAAGAUUGCGUUGAAUUAUUUCCGUGGAUGGUUCCUGAUCGAUUUAGUUGCCGCAAUACCUUUCGACCUUUUGAUCGCUGGAUCGUCGGCUGAGACGGACGAGUUGACUCAGGAAACACAGAAGCCCGAAGAGACCACGACACUCAUCGGCCUUCUGAAGACCGCCAGGCUGCUGAGGCUGGUCCGGGUAGCGCGGAAGAUCGACAGGUAUUCCGAAUACGGUGCUGCGGUGUUGCUUCUGUUGAUGGCUACGUUCGCGCUGAUAGCCCACUGGCUGGCGUGCAUAUGGUACGCGAUCGGGAACGCGGAGCGGCGUCACGUGGACAGCAAAGUGGGGUGGCUGGACAUAUUAGCCAACGACACGCAUCAGUAUUACUCGACCAACAACACGGGUGGACCGAGCAUAAGGUCGAGGUACAUUACAGCGCUGUACUUCACAUUCAGCUCGUUGACUUCCGUGGGGUUUGGAAACGUAGCGCCCAAUACCGACGCGGAGAAAGCGUUCACCAUAUGCGUGAUGCUCGUCGGAUCUCUCAUGUAUGCCAGUAUAUUCGGUAAUGUAUCCGCGAUUAUUCAAAGGUUAUACUCCGGAACAGCCAGGUAUCAUACCCAAAUGCUCAGAGUUCGAGAAUUUAUUAGAUUUCAUCAAAUACCAAAUCCAUUAAGGCAAAGGCUCGAAGAAUAUUUUCAACAUGCUUGGACAUACACUAAUGGUAUUGACAUGAAUAGUGUACUUAAGGGUUUCCCUGAAUGUUUGCAAGCCGAUAUUUGUCUCCAUCUUAACAGGAAUUUAUUGAAAAAUUGUUCAGCUUUCAAUGGUGCAUCACCAGGAUGUUUGAGAGCCCUAUCUUUGAAAUUCCGGACGACGCAUGCACCGCCCGGUGAUACUUUAGUGCAUCAAGGAGACGUGCUCACCUCUUUGUAUUUCAUAUCACGUGGUUCCAUUGAAAUAUUAAAAGAUAAUGUAGUAAUGGCCAUAUUAAGUAAAAACGAUAUUUUUGGGGAAAAUCCAUGCAAGCAUGCUACGAUUGGAAAAUCAUGUUGCAACGUAAGAGCAUUAACUUACUGCGAUCUUCACAAAAUCGAUAGAAACGAUUUGCUCGAAGUCUUAGAUUUGUAUCCAGAAUUUUAUCAUUCAUUUAAAGAAAAUCUGGAGAUAACAUACUACAUGAGAGAUGAAACACAAGUAGGUGUGGAUCCUAGAGCUGGCAGGUUUAGUAGAAAAAUUAGGUCAAGAUCUAGUUCACAAGAACCAAUUGGUGGCACAGCCAACAUAGGUGCGACAAAAAAGUAUUACCAUAGCUUUCAUCGAGGGGUAUCUGAAAGUUGUAUUGGACCGUCAGAGCCACUAAGAGAUGAUACAAAUGAGAACGAUAACGUCAUGUCUGAGUUUAAUAACAACGAGAAGUAUGCAGAAGGACAUGGAAUUCUAGAAUUUUCUACUGAUAAAGCUGGCCAAGAUGUAACUCCGAUGAAUUUAAAAUUUGAUGACGAAGCAAUACAGAAUCGAGUAUCAACCUUAAAUUCAAUUUCCGGCAUGUUCAGCCAACUCAAACGUAGUGUGACAGACAUUCGCUUGCAUGGCCUAUCGCAAAAACCACAUGGCAGGGACGAGGAAAAUGGGAAACCUGGAAACUCUGGUGGUUUAAAGACAUCGACAUCUCAUAAACACUUGUUCGCAUCUCAGUGUAACGAGAAUCAACCACUUCUUGAACAUCAGCUACCUAUUUCAGAGUCUUCUGCGCUGCAUCAACAACACAAAGAAAUUAGUAGUGAACACACCAGUGUUCAAAACAUGUCAGCAGCUGGUUUCAGUACGACUGCAUCGUCACAUUAUGGAACCCCAACAGCCCAGAGCCCCUUACAUUCCGCUUGUAAAGCACAAACCCCACCAUUUCCCACCACAUCUAUGUCUGUGAUCGCUGAUAAUACGACUGUGAUAACGCCUCCAUCACCGCAACGUGUCAUAACAUGUUCGCAGUGUGGGCACUCCGAUGUGCAUUAUCGUAUAGAUAGACUAUCCAGGCAGCUCGAUAGCUUGGAACUGUCCGUCUCUAGUGAUAUCAAAACGAUAUUGCAUAUACUUAAACAUAAGAACGGCGACUUUUUGACAACAGAAUCUCGGCCAGAUGGAUGUAGAUUACGGCCGUCGCCUAUAAAGAAGACAUCGAGUAUACCAACAAGCGAUCACUUGCCUAGACCCACGUUGGCCGUAAAAUUUAGAAGCUCAUCACAAGAUGAAAUGAAAAGCGAUAGCCGGUGUCGACAGCAAGCGUCUCCAGUAAGGCAAUCGUCUGAUCCUCAAGCCACCAUUCCAAGGCGGAGUUAUUCCCAGCCUCACGAUCUCUGUCAGACUCAACAGAGCCGUUUUGUAAGGGAUACGCCAUCGGCUAACCUGUUUGAUGUAUCCAACGUGACGACUGCAACAGACGCCACACCACCGGUUGCCAGUCUGAAACGACAACAGUUCGCCAGUUUGCGGUGUACGACUAGUUGUUCCAGCGACGAAGGCAACGUAAUUGAGUUCACUCCACUGGCGCCACUCGCUAGGCUAGACUCGUUGCACGAAAUGGAUACAUCCGAGACGCAGAGUCGCACGAGCAGUACGACGGCCAGUCCAACGCACCAACAACAAGGGACCGGUUUCUAGCGUCAACACCCACUGACGAGGGCGCGAUCAUAUAUUCACGAGCUUGUUUUUGACUCUUCGUUUCUUUUUUGUUUUCUUUAUUAUUAUUUUUUUUUUUACAUAAUUCACGAAAAGCUUUGCUCUCGAGUAAAAUAUACGUACAUCCACUAUAAUAAUAUGUUGACAUUUUUAUUCGUAAUCACACGUUUUUAAAGAAAAAAAUAACAAAACAAUAUAUUUAGUGUUAUUUUUGUUAAAACUUAUUUACGGUUUUUAUAUACGCUGUAAAAAUAAAAAAUAAAAGACGAAUAAUAUUUUAUAGGGGUUUUAGAAGAUCGAAUUUCAUUUUAGAUAGACAAGCGUUGACGGGGAAUUAUGUAUCAUUAUAUAAUAUUAUAUACUUGGUUUUUACUAUGUAAACUACGAAAUAUUGAAUUUUUAUAUAUUUAAUUUUAGGCAUAAUUUGCUUAUUUUUUAUCAAUAGCAAUUUUUAAAACACUGUUUGCUUUUUAGAAAGCCAUUUGUACAUUUUUUGUUUUUUAAUAGUAAAUAUUUAAUGUUCGUUUAUUUAUUAUCUGUUCUAUGUCAUUGCCACUGAGCCCAGCUUCCAGUUAUUUAUCUGAUACUCAAUUAUUUCGUUAUUACCCGUCUAUAAACUAAAUAUGCAAUAUUGUUUUAAAUCAGGUCCGUGUUACUCUCAAACGCAUUGAAUUCUUCCUUUCCGUAAUAAUUGUGAAUGUAUUUUCCCGUUAUUUAUAGAAACUUUAAACCUCGCUUUUUAUGUAUCAUUUUCCGGUAUAUUAAUUGUGAUUCUACAAUGUUAUGAUAUGCUAACAAUUGUCUGUGCAAUAAUAAUAAUAACAAUAAUACUGAUUGUUUAUAUCCACGUGCUCACGUUAAUUAUUGUAAAAUUUUUACAUUUUAUAUUUUUUAAGUAAACAAAAAAAAAAAAUAAUUAUUAAAGAACACCAAUAUAAUUCCUGUUACAAUUUGUUUACCACCAUCAAUAUUUUAUUUUAUAUCGUUUUGUUAUUAUAAACUAUUUAUUAAAAACAA